UAACACGUUAUGGCCUCAUAUUCCUGUACAGCAGCUUGCAUUUCACUGUAAUCCAAAAAAAAAAAAGUAAACAGCGACUGGGCUAUACAAAAGAAAUCUGACUUUCAACCAUUACCCUACAUGCAAAUGCAAUACCCAUAGAUAUGUUGACUUCGUGAUAGGGCACAAGCUUACUACUGCACGCUAGUGAAGAAAGCCCAUUGCACAGAAGGACUAGCUGGCCCAACACACGCCCAUCUGCUGCUGUGCUCUAUACACACAUAUACACUCACACACACGUCGAUGAGGGCCGGCCCCUUCGCCAGCUACUCCGAAAGACCACGUGGUUUCCUCUUUGCAAACAAAAAAUUAGUAAAUUCGAGUCGCUUUAGAGGCGGUGCCGUCGCCAGGCAGUAGGAUCUGUAUGACAGUGCAAGGGUACAGCUCUACGCUGAGGGGCAGAUAGAGAGAAAAGAAAUUCUCGCGAUCCCGCCAUACUUCUCUACCACUAUUCAACCAUAACCACCAUCACAUUAAUACGGAGCAAUACCGUUUGCUACACGGAGCAGGAAAUUCGCCAGGAUUGCUACAAUCAAGGAGCCUCCACUCGCUACCGGACUUCAUCGGGCUGCAACGUUACAGUUGGGCGAACUUUCCCCGUAUUCUUUUAAGCUUUUUUUUCGAAAUUCUUUCAUUUUCAGUUGCAACUCGAUCAAAUUUACACGUGAUUUUCAUUUUUUUUAUUAGCAUUCUCGGUGUGUAUAUAUAUAUAUUUUUGACAAAUAGCCCGCGGUUUGUAGAAAAGUUUUUUUUUUUUUGAGUUCUGAUUUUUUUUUUUUUUACGGGAGGAAGCAUUGAAUUGUUUUUCCACAAUGAACAAGCUAUAUAUUGGAAAUCUGAAUGAAAAUGUGACCGCAGAGGACUUGGUUAAAACAUUUGAAGACUACAAGAUUCCUUACUCUGGGCAGUUUCUUGUGAAAACGGGAUACGCGUUUGUUGAUUGCCCGGACGACCAAUGGGCUAUGAAAGCAAUUGAAACAUUUUCUGGAAAAGUGGAACUUCACGGCAAACGAAUUGAAGUAGAACAUUCUGUCCCUAAGAAACAAAGGACCAGAAAACUUCAGAUUAGAAACAUUCCACCGGAUUUACGAUGGGAGGUGCUUGAUGGUCUACUUGCACAGUAUGGAACCGUUGAAAACUGUGAACAAGUUAACACAGAAAGUGAGACAGCUGUGGUGAACGUCACUUAUGGGACUCGGGAACAUGCCAGACAAGCAAUCCAAAAGCUGAAUGGUUAUCAGUUUGAGAACAACACUUUGCGUGUGUCCUACAUACCUGAUGAGAGUUUGGAUGUUGACUCCCAGCGCAGCCCUGACAACGGACGCCGCUCUGGAUAUGGUGGCCGUGUAAACUCCAGGCAGGGUGCUCCUGGCACAGGGAUGCCCUCCAAGCAUCAGCACACCGAUAUACCUCUCCGUUUGCUUGUACCAACCCAGUAUGUGGGCGCAAUCAUCGGCAAAGAGGGUGCCACCAUCCGCAACAUCACCAAGCAGACUCAGAGCAAGAUUGAUGUCCACCGUAAAGAGAAUGCCGGAGCAGCAGAAAAGCCUAUCAGUAUCCACUCGACUCCUGAGGGCUGCUCGGCGGCCUGCCGUAUGAUCCUUGACAUCAUGCACCAGGAAGCCAAAGACACCAAAACUGCUGAUGAGGUGCCUCUAAAGAUACUUGCCCACAACAACUUUGUAGGUCGUUUGAUUGGAAAAGAGGGGCGUAAUUUGAAGAAAGUGGAACAAGACACUGACACUAAGAUCACCAUCUCACCGCUGCAGGAUCUGACCCUGUAUAAUCCUGAGAGGACCAUCACCGUGAAAGGUGCCAUUGAGGCCUGCUGCCUGGCUGAGCAGGAAAUCAUGAAGAAAGUGCGAGAGGCCUAUGAUAAUGACAUUGCUGCCAUGAAUACACACCUCAUCCCUGGACUGAACCUUGGAGCACUUGGCCUUUUCCCUCCUUCCUCCUCUAUGCCUCCUCCUCCCCCUGGAAACCCUGGGGUUUGUCCCCCAUAUGGUUCCUUUGGGGCUCCUGAGCAGGAGACGGUCCAUGUGUACAUCCCAGCACAAGCAGUGGGAGCCAUCAUUGGCAAGAAGGGCCAGCACAUUAAGCAGCUGAGCCGCUUUGCUGGAGCCUCCAUUAAGAUUGCACCAGCAGAGACACCUGAUUCGAAGAUGCGCAUGGUCAUUGUUACUGGUCCACCUGAGGCCCAGUUUAAGGCUCAGGGAAGAAUAUACGGCAAGCUGAAGGAGGAGAACUUCUUUGGGCCAAAGGAAGAGGUGAAGCUAGAGACACACAUCAAAGUAGCUGCAGCGGCUGCUGGCAGAGUUAUUGGAAAGGGUGGAAAGACGGUGAACGAGCUACAGAACCUAACUGCAGCUGAGGUGGUGGUUCCUAGAGAACAGACUCCUGACGAGCAGGACCAGGUUAUUGUCAAAAUCAUUGGCCACUUUUAUGCAAGUCAGCUUGCCCAGAGGAAGAUCAGAGACAUUUUGACACAAGUUAAGCAGCAGCAGAAAAGUGGCAUGGGAGGCUCUCAGGCAUCUAACCCACAGAACCUGUCAGAGAUUAGGCCCCAACCAGGAAUGACCCAAGAGCCUAGAAGGAAGUGACCGGCUCCAGCCCAAAUCUGGACGGACAGACGGAUGGACAGACAGAAGAGAAACAGCGGACUGACUGAGAGAGAGCGACACACAGACCCAGUGCUAGACAGGGAAAAAUAAGCAUUUAACAAGAUGGGAAUAAAAAGGAAAUAAAAAUGCAUGAGAGAGUACAAAAGUUUAGAGAAAAGAAACUAGAACUUUGAGUGAUUUAAAAAUAGGGAAAAAAUAGAAAAGAGCGAGAGAACUAGGAAACAGAGACCAGAUGCCAGGUCGACUGACUGGGGAUGGCAGGGAUUCCUUGUGGCAGCUUAUGAAAUAAUCAUGGCUACAUGGCCUUGAGAGCGACAUGCUUAAGGCAGCCCUGCCAUCACCAGUCACUCAAGUAUUUUAAGGGUGUUUUUUUAAGAAGAGCUAUAUGUAUAGAAAUGUUUAUUCAGAGGUAUUAUAAUGAAAUGCAGUGAGGCAGAGGUGGGGAGAGGGGAGUGGAGAACCCAUCACAUUGAGUCAAUAAGGUGGCUCAUUCUUUGCCUACAGCAAACUACGAGAGGGGUCAAAGCUGUUAACACUGCUCUUUAAGUCCCUGGCAGUAAACUGUUGGGGGUAAGGACAAAUAAAGAAGAAGAAAAAUGAGGUUGUAAAUAUAAUCUUCAUGAAUUUGUAUUGAAGCACUGUUGAAGCACAGUGAGGGUACAGUAAGUGGGCGGGCCGAGGCUGACCCUGCAGUUCUAUUGCAGAGGCUCAGUUCCGAGACGUAAACUUCACCUCCAGCCCUGAACUACGCCCGCCAUGCUAGCCGGUGCGUGGCCCACACCCAAAUGGCAUAUUUUAUAUAUAUUAUAUAUAUAUGAUAUGUGAGUUAACCUGGCCCCUCAGAGAGCAGAGAAAACGGCAGCGGAAAGGAAUUGCGGCACUGGGAUUAGACCAUCAUUCACAGAUAUUUUAAGAGAUUUAAAAUUAGAGCUUAGUAUCUGGCUUUUGCUGGUUUAUGUUUUGAACCAAGAUCUAACUUAAAAACCUCUGAGAGAACACUGAACUGCUGAGUUCUGAUUAAAAAAAAAAUUCGGAUGAUGAAAUGGGAUUAGAGGAUCAUCUGAAUACAAAUUUCAUUGACCUUAACAGCAGAAGCUGAUCUUUGAUCAGUUUUUUAUUUUGAUGAAUUUGACCUUUGAUUUAAGAUCCUAUGAAAGUUGCAACGCUCCUGUGGCCCAGCACUCCACCCUGCCUUUAGGUCAGAGGUCAACAGCAGGUGAUGUUUAAAUGGCUUCUGCACUCUCGCUCUCUCCCCUACUCCAUUCGAUGUAUGCUGAUGAGGAGGCCAGAAAUAUGGCUUUCUUCACUCAUCUUCGAACAGAUUAGAUAGAAAAAAAAUAGAAACCUACCUCAGGGUAUUGUUACCUCAGUAUUCCUAAUGGCUUUUUUCUUUUCCUUUUUUUUGGCUUGCUGGUGUUUUAUAUAAAAGCUGAUAGUCCUGAAUAUUUUAUUUUUUUAAGGAAAAAAUAUUUUUAGUUAUUGUUGGAUUUUUUUUCCCCUAGUUUUUGCGUGUAAGUGAGUAUGUAUGGAUGGUACCCCACACCUUUCCACGUUUAAUUCAAAAGGAUCCAUACAGGCAAGAUGGCAGAGUUUCUUGUUAUUGGAUGAAUUUCUCCUGGCUGAAUCAAAAUUGUCUUUGGCUCUAUAUCCAACUGAAUAAGAAGUCUCUGGCUUUUUUGUGUAGUGGUGUGCCACAGUCAUGGCAUUUUAUCUCCUGACUUAAAUGUGCAUGAAUGGCUUACAAGUGCUUGACAUGCUAACUUUUUUUUUAUUAAUAUCUGAGUGAAGGAUGAAUUGCAUAUCUAUCUGGCUCUAUUUCGUUGGUUUCUCCAGCAGUGUUGCCAUGAAUGUUAUGCACUGAAGACCUGGAGUCUUGGUUGCCUUGGUUGUCAGGUUUGUGCCAUGACUGUAUAUUGAGAAGCAGCCCAGUGGCAUCUCAGUAAUCGAAUUAUACAUCAAGUUUAGGUUCAACAUAGUACAUACUCAUCAUCCUAUAUGUACGUGUGAUGGGAUGCGUGUUUUUUUUCUUUGUGUUUUUUUCUUUUCUUUUUCUAAAAAAAAAAAUAGAAAGGAAAGGAAAAGAGUUUAAGUGUAUAGUUUUUUUUGUUGUUGAGGAAAAGUGGUUUGGGUGUUACAAAAGACAGAAAAAUAGACAUCCUAUAGUCUCAGUUAAGCAUUUUUUUAACUGAUCGAGAAUACUUUGGAAAAUGGGAGCGGAAAAUGAAGAAAGCAGUCAAUUCACAAGCGAGACAGAUUUAACCUGUAUAUAAAUUGCUAAAAAAAAAAAAAUAAUAAUAAGAAACUGAAACCUUUUGUAUUUUUAGAAUAAAAAAAAAAGGAGACAUGGAAAAAGCUGGGCAAUAUGUAGCGAUUUAAAUGCAAAAGACUAAUAGAUAUACUGCCAAAAUCCUUUUUUGAUGAGUACACAUUCCACCUGCACAUGGUUAGAUGCAUAUUUUUGUGUGCUCGUUUUCACUCACAGGUUGAAAUCGUUGCUUUUUUUUUACGCUUCCCUUUUUCUCAGUAGACAGCCGUGUUCCGUUUGCAUCGACAUGGAUAAUUUACUCCUCCUCAGGUGGGAAGGAAGUCUUGUCUAUCUAGUCUGUAGCUUUCGGAUUUCUGUCAGACCCUAAGACACACACACCACUUUAGAUUUGUUCAGACUGCAGCCUUUUGUUUAACAGCAAGCUUUAUUUGGGCAUGACAUCUGGUUGUGUACUGUUUCAUCAGUUUUAGACAAAACAAAAAAAAAAAGUAACAUAACUGAAAAAUCUCUAGGAUCUUUGUAAACUGGCGAAAUAUGGAGUCAAGCAGUUCAAUUUUAUAUUGGAAUGUAAGGUGUAAGAGUUGAGAGGAAGAUGGGCCAAUUCGUUUUAUUUAAUUUUUUUUUUAAAUAAAGGUAGACAUUUAUGAAAGCUAACUUAAACAGAGUUUAGGCUUUUAUGUUCUCACAGGUUUGCUGGAUAUUAAUUCUAGGUUACUAAAACGAGUAGUCAUGCAGUGCUGCCGAAUGUAUGAUGAAUACUACACUCAUCUCCCUUCUCUCCUUUUCACUUGUUUUGUCCUCCAUCUGUUUCUCCUUUCAUCUCUGAACACAAGUCGCAAUUUUGUUUUUCCUUUACUCACUUUAUUUGCUAGAUACGAAUGAUAUUUUUGUUGUUUGGGUUUGGUAUAGACCUUCACGCUCUCUCACGCUGGCCUUGUUUGUGUCUUUUCUCAGUUCUGUUCAGUCGUUCGACUCUUGAUUUCAGUUUUAAUUUCUCCCCACCCAAAAAAUUUUGUAUUGCCUUCAAUUGGAUGAUUUAUUCUCUCUCUCUCUCUCUCUCUCUCUCCCUCUCUCUCUCUCUCUCUCUCUCUCUCUCUCUCUCUCUCUCGAUCAGGUUUCUUUAGAAAAGCACAGAGAUCUCUUGUACUGCUAUUAGAUCAUUUAAAAUACUAACCAGUUAUUUGUAAUGCAGUUAACACCUGUGCCAAACACAUUUUUUUUAAUUUACUGUUAAGACCCACUCUAGGUGCAAGCUGUUUUAUGCGUAGUGUGAAGACUAAUAACUUCCACUUCAGCACUCGCUCUGUUUAAGAAAGAAAUUUAAAAAAAAAUUAAUACAACAUGCCACCUAAACCUGUAUACUACAAGUUUCAGGAACACAACUGCAUGUUUUUUGUGAUUCUUAUGCAAUUCCUUCACAAGGACUGUUAAUACUCUGGAAAUCAUAGAAUUAUUAAAAGAUUAAAAAGUCUAUCCAUUUCAGUGCACAGAUUUACACAUAGGCAACAGAUCUAACCUCAUACUAGUCAGGUGUAGCAGACACACUUGCACACCACAGGAAUUUCAUCCUGCUAGUUUCUGGCCUUCGCUCAAAGAAACCAUUUGGGUGCUAAUGACGAAUUAAACCUCACAUAACUAGGAAACGCUACCUCAAGACUUAGCCAUAAGAUUGUUUUAUCAACCUGACAAGAGCGAAAGUGCAUGUUACUUUUUUCACUUUAAUUUCUUUAAUUUAUUAUUUUUUUUUCCUUUUGCUUCUCUCUCUUUUGUUUUUUGUUUUCCCUCACUCAUUAUUUUACAGCUGAGGCCAUGAUAGAGGGAAGGGAGGUGAGGAUUUGGUGAGCAGAGAUGAUCUGGGUGUUUGGUGUUGGGAGGACUUGAUUUGUAGACAAGCAGUGAAGGAGCAGGUACAUGGAGAAUCCUCUAGUUUAAACUACACAUAUUGUCACUACUCGGUUGUUUGUAGAGAGCACGUGAAAGUGUGAUGUACUGCCCUCACUCAUGAUCUGUAAAUACUCACUAAAGGAGAAGUGCUCAAUAACCCUCGAACACAUUAUUCUACCUCCUGAUUCUGCUUAUUAUUAACCUCCCAUCAAACCUAGUGCUCCAUACAGACAGCCACAGAAUUCACUUUCUUGCAUUGUUAGUUACCUGGAUGUCUGUACUGGUGUUUCUUUUGUGACUGACGUUGGAUGUGGUCGAGUCUCAGAUCAGCGUCGAGGGAAACGGGAGUCCCUCUCAUCAUCAGCUUUCCACCCCACAGUCCUUCCUUUUUCAUUUUAUCUUCUUCAAUCAAGGAGCACGAUACCUAUAUUCAAGUAACUUUUUUUUUGUUGUUGAUCUACCUCUUAGAACAAAUGAAUAAAUAGGACAAAUGUAAAAUGGGGGGAAAAAGGACACAAGAAAAGUAAAAAAAAAAAAUUAAAAUGAAAAAUAACUAAGAAAAUUAUUAAUUAUGUAAACAACUGGGUAGAAGCAUCUCCAUAUACUGUAGUGGAUAGUGUAUUAAAAUAAAAGAAUACUUUUUCUUCCAAAGAUGAUUUUUUUCUCUCCAUUGUUUAGACCAUUAUUCAAGAUUGAUUGUUAAAUAAAAAUAAAAAGAACGGGGAGGGAAAGUAAAAAGGAAAAUUAUCAAUUUCAUUAUUCAGUUUCUUUUUUUUUUUUUCCAUUCCUCAUUAGAUUAAAUUACGUUAUUAAGUUUGCAAUUCUUCAUCCUUUAUUUUGAUUCAUUUUUCUGAUUGCUUUUUUUUGGAAUGACAUAGGAUUGUAUCUUGUUUUGGAUGCAUUAGAAUUCUCUCUCUCUCGCUCUCUCUGUGAACUGCAACAUAGUACUCGUUGAGACAUUGCAGAGCAGCAUGAAACUGAAAUCAUUUCUUUAUCUCUCUCUUUUUUUUAUCUUUAUUGAUGCAACAGGCAAAUAAGGGCCUAUUUAGCUGACUAGGGCACAGUUUAGGAGGAGGAGAGGAAGAAGAGUGAUGUAUCACGUUUAACCCUAACCCACAGCCCCCUCUUAUAGCAGGUGCCAUGGACACUAUCUGGACUUUCCCCUUUCUGCCUGCCAAUUUUCUUUCAUUUCUCAUUCACAUUUGUUCUGAACUUUGUGUAAAACAAUACCGAGCAUAGAUAUGAAUGUGUUAUUAAAAGAUGAGAAAACCGGUAAA